GGCCGCUGAAAGCUGCUUGUGCUGCUAGCGUCCUGGCUCCCGAGGGGAAGUAGCGUGUAGGCUGGUGCCUGAUCUAACCUGUGUUUCAAAGGUAAAACUGCAUCAAUGAAAGAGAAUAAGGAGAAUUCUAGCCCUUCCACUGCUCCUGCAAGCCUGGACCAUGCAAAGCCAUGCUGGUAUUGGGAUAAGAAAGACCUGGCCCAUACUCCAUCACAGCUGGAGGGGCUUGAUCCUGCUACAGAGGCAAGAUACCGGAGAGAAGGGGCUCGGUUCAUAUUUGAUGUUGGAACCCGACUAGGGUUACAUUAUGAUACCCUUGCAACUGGAAUCAUUUAUUUUCACCGGUUCUACAUGUUUCAUUCCUUCAAGCAAUUUCCUAGAUAUGUGACUGGAGCUUGCUGUCUUUUUCUGGCUGGUAAAGUUGAAGAAACACCUAAGAAAUGUAAAGAUAUUAUCAAAACUGCCCGUAGCUUACUAAAUGAUGUACAAUUUGGCCAGUUUGGGGAUGAUCCUAAGGAGGAAGUCAUGGUCCUUGAGCGAAUUCUUCUUCAGACAAUAAAGUUUGACCUCCAGGUGGAGCACCCUUACCAGUUCCUUCUUAGAUAUGCCAAACAGUUAAAAGGCGACAAGAACAAAAUACAGAAAUUGGUUCAAAUGGCGUGGACUUUUGUAAAUGACAGUUUGUGCACCACACUGUCCCUACAGUGGGAGCCAGAAAUCAUAGCUGUGGCAGUUAUGUAUCUUGCUGGAAGGCUGUGUAAGUUCGAAAUACAGGAGUGGACAUCAAAGCCACUUUACAGAAGAUGGUGGGAGCAGUUUGUCCAAGAUGUUCCUGUUGAUGUGCUUGAAGACAUUUGUCAUCAAAUCCUUGAUUUAUAUUCUCAAGGAAAGCAACAGAUGCCUCAUCAUGGAGCUCCGCAAACCUCCCCUCAGGUUCAGGCACAAAUAGCUUCAGUUCAGCCUCAACAGCAGACCCAAAAUGCAGAUCUCCAAACAGCUCCUCAAAAAGAACAGCAACAGACCACAUCCCAACAGCCCAAGAAGCCUUCUCCUCAGUCAAGCCCUCCAAAGCCAGUGAAGCGACCUUUGCCUACUUCACCAAAAGAUGAUAGCAAAGUAAUAGAACAACCACUACCUAAACUAUCAAAAAUUGAGAUCUCGCAUCCACCUUUACCUCCUGUUCUUCCUCCACCAGAACGAAAACCUCUGGUCCCUAGUAUUGCUGUGAGCGAAGGAGAUCCUGCAGUUGCUUUAGAACCAGCAGAACAUACAAAGAUCCAGAUUCCUCCUCCAGCCCAUCCUGCUCCUGUUCACCAGCCUCCACCUAUACCUCAUCGACCGCCACCUCCUCCACCUGCUAGCUAUAUUACGGGGAUGUCUACAACCAAUUCAUACAUGUCUGGAGAGGGUUACCAGAGUUUACAGUCCAUGAUGAAGACUGAAGGGCCAACUUAUGGAAGUCUCCCCCCUACUUAUGGGCCCCCUGCUCAUUUGCCCUAUCAUCCUCAUGUCUUUCCACCUAAUCCUCCACCCACUGUACCACCGCCACCACCACCUUCUUCAUUCCCACCUCCUAACAUUCCUCCUCCUACACCUGUUUAUCCACCACCUCCAGCAUACAACCCCAAUUUUCCUCCUCCUAGACUGCCACCCACUCAUACAGUUCCCAGUCAUCCCCCUCCAGGAAUUGCCAUGCCACCAACCUCCUAUCCUCCUCCUGCUGUCCCACCGGGUGGGCAGCCUCCUGUUGUACCUCCUCCAAUUCCACCACCUGGGAUGCCACCAGUUGCAGGGCUGGGCCGUGCUGCUUGGAUGAGAUAACCAUGCUUUCUUGCUAUCAUAUCUAAGCUUUUCACUGCAGGGGGAGAGUUUUAAUCCCUGAUUACAUUUUUUUAUUGCCCAUCAUAAAAACACUGGUUAAUACCAAUUAAAAAAGCAGCUUUCUAAAACUA